AUGGUUGAGCGACUCCAUCGCCAGCUCAAGGCUGUCCUCACUGCGAGCCUGGAUCGGGAGCACUGCGUCGACCACUUUCCUAUGGUGCUUCUCGGCCUACGCACUGUCCUUCGUCGCAACCUUGGCUGUUCUCCAGCCGAACUCAUUUAUGGCGCACUCCUGCGGCUUGCUCGAGACUUGUUCGUUCCUUCGGACCCCUUGCCCCAGCUGCUGCAGUACCUUCAAUGCCUACAGGACUGCAUUCAGCAACUGCGCCCCGUCCCGCUUCGAUCUUCGGACUACAGAAUCUUUGUGCAUUUGGACCUUGCGUCGUCGACCCACGUUUUUCACAGACGAGGCGCUGUAAAGGCACCUCUGGCACCCUGCUACGAUGGGCUGUACUGUGUCUUCCAUAAGACCCCGAAGUCCGCCACCAUCCUAAUGGUUGCGAAGAGGUACCUUUAUUAG